AAUAUGCGUCUUUCUAUCAUUGCUUCUCUUGUCGCUAUAUCUGCCACUUCCACUUUGGCCUAUGUAGACAGAAUUGUUCUUUUUGCUGACAGUAUGUCAGAUAACGGUAAUGUGUAUAAGCACUCUGGUUUCCCUCCCUCUCCUCCUUACUGGGAAGGUAGAUUCUCUGAUGGACCUACCUGGGCUGAACAUGUUGCCGAUAGUAUCUCUAUUCCCUUUGAGAAUAUUGGUUAUGCUGGUGCCACCACAGACAAUGCCGAUGCUUACUCUGAAUACAAUGGUUAUGUUGUUCCUGGUCUCAAGCAACAGAUUGAAACAAUUAAAUCCAAGGGUACUUCCAAGUCUCUUUACAUUAUCCAAACUGGUUACAAUGAUUUGAACGUUAUCAACACACCUCAAUUUUACAACGUUGUCAACCAAAACUACACGACUGCCGAUAUUGCUGCUAAUGUUGUUGCCAGUACCAAGGCUAUUAUUAAAAAGUACAAGGCUAAGAAGUUUGUCUUUAUGAGUCCACCUCCCUUUGAGCAAUGGCCCUUUAUUGCUGAUGCUGAUAAGCCCAGAGUUGCCAAGUUAAUUGAAGGAUACAAUGCAUUGGUCAAGUCCGAACUCAAGAAGAAUAUUCAUGGUGUUGAUCUCAAGUUUAUUGAUGUUCAUGGUUGGCUUAACAAGCAAUUGGCAAAUCCCGAGAAAUUGGGUCUUUCCACCAUCAACGGACCUUGUAUCUGGGGUCUUGGUAAUACAACUGCACCUCUUUGUGAUGAACCCAAGGAACACUUUUUCUUUGAUUCUUUCCAUCCUAACUCUGUUGUCCAUGAGGCUUUGGCUAAAUCUACCCUCAAGGAUCUUAAGCGUUGGUACAACAUUCACCAAUAAAUUUAUUAGAUAAUACACACACAGAUAUAUAUUUUUUACGCCCACUAAACAUAAUAAAUUGUUGAUGCAUCCAAUCAACUCUAUUUUUAAAUCUAAAAAAAACCCCAAUAUUCGGUUUCUAAAUGAGUUCAAAAAGAAAAGCCGGGCCUGUAUCUAAGGGGGAGCGAAAC